AGAAGCAAUUAUUCUUGAUGUUCCACAGCCAUGCCACAGAUAAUACAGAAACCCAACGCAGAUCUGGAGCCUGAGUUCUUCCCAGAGAUCAAGGAAAAGGAAGAUUACUCCGACAUCUUCCCAGCCUCGCUUAACUUGUCAGACCAGCACAUCAGCAAGCUCGUCAGAUUCUGGGAAGUGUGCAGACGACCCGAGUUGAGCAGCCUCUCUCCUUCUAAGAUCCCCAAGUCACCCCCGAGGUCAUUCUCCCUCAUGUCCACCAUGAGAGAGCCUGAAAAAGUGAACAAGUUGGAACCGGUAAUGGGGGAAAUAUUUGACCUUCCUCCACCAUCCUGGGAAUAAGUGUGGCCCGAGACUGAUCAAGCAUCUUCAUUUUUAUGAAUGAUUUCCCCACCCCUUCUAUGGCAUCUUUAUUCUGAAUAUAAUAAAAGUGACAAAAUUGAAACCUUUACAUAUGUUUUCUCUUUUUAAAUUGUUUUUUAAAGGACUAGGCCAAUUUUUCUGGAAAAUGCAGGUAGUUGUAGUAGGAUAUCCCACACUUUUUUGUUCGCAUUUACAAGCUGCAUUUUUCAUAGGCGUAUAUGUAUUUAUCUGUGAUACUCCUUUCCAAAAGUUUUCCAUUAGUAUAAGUGCACCUGAAGUAUUUUAUAGUCGGGUGAAAGAAGGUUCUGCAGUGCCGUGUUGUCAGCAUGGAGUAUAAGGUUACACUUUUUGAUAUGUGAAAAUUAUAUCUACAUGUUUUUGUUUUUAAUAAAACUCCAAAGAAAAAAAAUA